UUUCUCUUUUCUGUUUCAGAGCCGGUUUCGCGGGUUGCAGCUGAGUGUGGGGUGCCUGGCCCUUGCACUCCUGGUCCUGGUACAACUCCGCCUGCACCUCAUGGGGACUCUGACGCCGGUGUUCGCCACUGCAGACAACCCGGCCGCGCGCUGUCCAUCCCUUUACAGUCGCUUUCUCACUUUCGCUUAUCUCCCCGUCUUCAACUUCGGUCUUCUGCUGUGGCCCCGGUGGCUAAGCUUCGACUGGUCUAUGGACGCAAUCCCCAGAAUAACAUCUAUAUUCGACCCUCGGAGCACAGUGACCCUGGUCUUCUACUACCUGCUUUAUCAGGUCACGAAGAGAACGUUUUGGAACCUGGCCGCGUUAAAAAACAAUUUUCUUCAGCAGCAGAAGACGCAGGCGUAUCACAGGCCGCGGAGGAAUUCGCACCGACGCGCCGGUCACAUCAGCGUAGCAGUUCCCCCAACACACGUCGGCGACGCUGUAAAGACUUUUUCACCCUGCCCUGUCUGCCGUCACAGCCUUCUGGAUCACCAUUCUGUUAUGUGUAGAAACAGCAACAACAACAACACGAUCCCAAUCCUGGGAACGUCCUCCUCUCCUUGUUGCUGCAAGAACGGAAUUCCAAAAUUCUCCCACCAGUCGAUAAUUUCUGACGGCGCUAAGCGAAAUGUUCAUCCUCUAAGACUGCGUUCAACCGAAAACACGUACCUGAGUAACUCAGAAGUUGUUCUUCUGUCUCUCGCCUUUAUCGUGCUUCCCUUUCUACCAGCCACUAACUUAUUCUUCUACGUCGGCUUCGUCGUCGCUGAGCGCGUCCUCUACAUCCCGAGUGUCGGCUACUGUCUCCUGGUCGGACUCGGAUGUCACGUGAUUCAAUCAAGGACCAGAAAGAGUUUUGUGUUGGUGUGUGUGUCCCUUCUGUUGGCGACGUUCAGCUUGAGAACUGUGCAGAGAAAUCGUGACUGGGCGGAUGAAGAGAGUUUGUACAGAGCCGGCAUCCCCAUCAACCCACCCAAAUCUUACGGGAACCUGGGGUCCGUGUUGAGUUCCCAGGGCCGCGUCGAGGAGGCGGAGUGGGCCUACAGGAUGGCCCUAAAGUGGCGCAUCAACAUGGCAGAGGUUCAUUAUAAUCUGGGGAUUCUCCUGCAAGGCAGGGAAGCGUACGAGGAGGCCAUUCAGAGCUACCAACUUGCCAUUAAGUACAGGCCAACACUUGCGUUGGCACACCUGAACCUGGGGCAGCUGUUGGAGAGGAGAGGGCGCUACGAGGAGGCGAUUUCCGUGUACCAACAGUGCUGGAGGCUGAGUGGCGCCGGUCUCAAAGACCCUCGCACUCACGAGAAUAUGGCCCUCAACGUGUACCUGGAAGCUGCGGACAACAUGCCCGAAAAUUACGCGUCGCAGACGGUGUUCACGCUUCUGGGGGACACUUACUCGAGGCUGAACCACGACCAGGAAGCAGAACGGUGGUACCAGGCGGCGGUGGAGGCCGAGCCGGACCACGCUCAGGCACACCUCACGUACGGCACAAUUCUGGCCAGAAACAAAAGCCGAGCUAUCGAAGCCGAACAGUGGUUCCAGAAGGCCACAGAGCUCGCUCCAAACGACCCUACCGUCUUCACACAUUUCGGUCAGUUCCUCACACGGCUGGAGAGGCACGCCGAAGCUGCGGCGCAGUACUUGCGAGCUUUGGAACUAGGGCCCGCACAGUACGAUCUCGUUGUGAGGGCGGCCACUUCGCUGAGACAGUCCGGGAACGGUGAGCGCGCAGAACACUUCUACAGAGUAGCAGCGGAGCUCAGACCUCAGGAGGCAAAUAGUCACCUCAACCUCGGCGCCAUGUUACACAUGAACGGGAAGUUAAUGGAAGCGGCCACUUCUUACGGCGAGGCGCUGCGACUCCAGCCAGAUGACGUCACUACAUUGUCCAACAUACACAAGCUCCACAACCUGGCGAGCAAGAGAGGGAUGACGUGACGUCACACAACCCCCCCACCGACUGAGCAACGUGGGAAAUAAUCGUUACUUAAUUUGAAGGAACAGUUAUACGAUUUCUGGAUCGUUAAGGGCGGACAGGUCGUCCAGACCGCAAGCUCUGUUGUUCCUUAUCGCGAGAGUUCUCUUGAAGAUGUGAUAAACACAGGCCCGCCUGUGUACAGCAUCCCUAAUUACUUAUCUGUGUAAUCGUCUAACUUAACGACGAAUUAAUAACCACAAGUACGACAGAUCAGCUGGUUCUGUUACGAAAGCGUUCGCACGGAGAAUCGUGAACAUUUGUUAGGCCUAUCACUUGGUUCAAGGAGACCGCGGAGAUGAGGAGAGGAUCAGAAAAUUAUUCUUCACUUCGUGGCUUCGUGAAGAAGAUUAAUGAGUCAUCGUCUGUUUCUGAGAUUGUCAUUACAAAAACACGACGCCCUUAAAGCGAGCAAAGGAAGGAAGAUUAAAGACCAUGUACUCAGAAAAAGAGACGAUGACCUUGGCACUGUAUAUUCAAAUAUAUUUUCACAUUCUAUAAGCCGUAUUAUGAUGGUAAUAUGUGUCUCAAUUUACAUUUGUGUUGUGAUGCUUUGUCAUUAUCGCAGCCACAGACACAAGACAUCCCCAAACGUACAGACAGCUUAUUCAUAUGAUUUCUCUUUCGUAUUUUCAUAUACUUUAUAUGCGAUAAAACAUCCGAAUUGCGAUUCAGAAAUUAUUUUUGUUCUCCAAUAACAAAGGAUUUUCGAAGAACUCAGUCGUAAACGAGUGUUAACCGAUUACGUCAGUACAGCUGUUGUCACGUAGUGACCCUACGCCUGUGUGGACUUCGUCUUACGCGGUUGACGUUUCGUCUUGAAGUCACUGCGGAUUCACACAACCACGGACGAGAAAAUCAUCCACGCGGCGCUGGAAACAAAUUCCGUUCAGCAAAUGAAUUUCAAUGUCUUCGUUCGGGGUCUUUAAUUCUGGGUCCUCCUACUAAUAUUUAACAACGUUGGUGUCACACUUCUCGUCUGAAUUUCUUAAUUGUUAAGUAUCGUG